CAGAGAGCCAGACUGAGUCUCAGUGGCAAUCCAAGAGGGAACAGAGACCCCUGGCAUCUGGCAGCAGAACUGCAGGGAAGCAGGCUAAGGGAGAUGAAGACAAAGUGAACAAACUUCUUUCUAUGCACAACACUCUCCUGAGGAGAUAUGAGAAAGAGGUGAAGACAAAUGCAGAACAUGUGGAGGCCAUAGCAAAUCUCAACCUGAAAAUCUACGAACUUGAGCAGAGUCUACAGAAGGCUAACCAGCAGGUGGAGAGGUUGCAGCAAUCCCAGCAUGCACCACCAGGCAAGGCCCCAAAGGCUCGUGGGAAGAGAAGUAGAUCCCCCUACAGGAGAACACCAUCACCCACGGACACCGGACUCUUACAGGAGAUUCAGAAAUUGAAGCGGGAAAGAGACAAGCUCAACAAGGAAAACCAGAAGUUCAAAAGUGAACUAAAAGGUUUAGAUGCUGGUUUUUUUGAGGAGAUAGAAGAUUUGAAGUACGCGCUGCAGCAGUCUGCCAAGCUGAACCAGGAAUACGAGACCACCAUGAGGCAGAUGUGCACGAGGUUCGGGGUUCCCUUCCCGUUCCCCGACCCCAGAGCACCGUCAGCCACUCGCCAGAGGAGAAGCAGAUCCAGAUCAAAUAUUAGAUGAACAGGACUGUUUGUUCAUAAUUUCAUUCUUCUCCUGGGUAUAACGCCAGUUCACCUUUAUCCGUAAGGUAACCUUUAUCCGUUCCUUUUUAAGAACAAUCUAUUUAGGGGUCGACAGAUGGUACAAUAUGUAGUUUCAAACUGCAAUAUUUGCAAACUGCUACCGUUCAUCGACUUGAUACCUUGAUAACCUUUCUCUGAAUAUCCUACAUGUAUUUAGCAACACAACGGAUAUAGGUUACCCCAUGGAUAAAGGUGAACUAACGUUACCUAAACACCUCAAAUGACCUUGAACAACCUCAAACGGUUCUAAUAUGCAGUGUACAUGGGGCAACGACGUUGUGUGCCGCCAUGGAUACAUUGUUUAUGCAUUUAUGAAUUUGAAUAAUGCAGCAAGUCCUAAGUAUUUAACGUUGUUUGGAGUUAGUCAGCUGGUUUCAAGAUCAAAGCAAUUUGAGACUGAAAAACACUUAAUUCAAGUAUUAUACGAUUGAAUCGAAUUGAAUUAUAAGUUGGCAAUGAUAGAAUUGUGCUAUGCUGUAAUCUUUGAGCCAACAGCAUCCACAGUUUUAUUGUACUGUCGUCUGUGAGCUGAAGAAGGUAUCGAGAACUUCCCCAUGCAGACUCCUAAAACAGCCAAUCCAACAUGGCGCCCAGACAUUGCUUCGAUCUUGAAACCGGCGGACUAACUGUAAAUAACAUUAAAUACUUAGGACCUGCUGCAUUUUUUAUGUAUCCAGAUUGCCACACAAGGUCGUUGCCCCUUGUACACUGCAAAUUUCAUGAAGAGUUGUUUGAGAUGUUGAGGCAGACCCCUGUAAAGCCCCGUUUACAAAUCAAGAAUUCUAGCUCGGCCGA